CCGAACUUCUCCCCGGAUCGUGACCCCAUCUUGAUCCCGGACGAGGACGAUCGCGAAUGGGGCGUACCACCACCAUAUCAAAUGCAAAAAUGUCUGGGUCUGGAAGAUUUCUAGAUUUGUCAUGCAUAUAAUUUUCCAUGACCCAUGAUGUCUGUGUCUGUGAUGCAUGCCGGAGCAUCACAGACUUUUAGAGCACUUUGUGAUCAUACCUCUACCGCAUGAGAAACGCCCUCUCCGCGUAGCUCAAACUGGAGUCCUCUUGUUGCUGGUCAUGCAAUAAAAGUUUUUUCAGAAUCCAGAGACAGCAUUACAAUUACUUCCAGACCCAGACAUUUUUGCACUUGAUACUACUGCGAUCAACGAUGUGGACUUCUACGACGAGUAUCGCGGUCACAAAAUCUCGCACCUCGAGACUGUGGUCGACCUACUUUUCACACAGUGUCACGAGCCGCCAGCAACCAGUCCCAAUUCCUGUCCCGAUACGAGCAUCGUGUUCCUGUUGGGGGAUAGCUCUCUCGACAACAAGCACUGGCUGUACCCCGCGAAAAACGAGAAAGGAGAGAAAGACAAAGCCAGCCUGGCCGACGGCUCGUUCACUGCCCCGGCUGUCAACGGCUACGAGAAGGUGUUGGGUGCGAGCGGGCGGAUGGUCAAAGACGUCUGCUACUGGCUCAACCGGAAGGCCGCAGAAUCCAAAUCGUUCGAGCAGAAGGAGGAGGACGCGCUGGUGCAAGAGCACCCGUACCCACAGUUGCUGUUCGUGAACUCCGCCGUCGAAGAGUCGACGCUUUCGAGCCGCGCAUCGGGGCUGCUUCCCCAGGACAAGUUUGUUUCGAACCACCUCAAGCCGCAUGAUAUUCUGUUGGUCUCCGUGGGGCAUAACGACAUGGCGUUUCUCCACGUGCAGCAAGCGGCGUGGGUCCUGCAAGAGGGCACGACGGAUGAAAAGCUGACCCAGUUGGCGGUCGAAAACUUUUCCCAUAUUUACAAGGAGGACACGGAACGGUACAUCAACACUGUUCUCGGGGACUCGACGUGCAAGAUGGUGGUGGUAUGCAUGCUCUACCACCUGGAUGAGAAUGACGAAGCAUUUUCGUGGUGGGAAAUGGGGUUCCAAGCGCUGGGCCUCAUUGGCAACCCGGAAAACAAGCGGCGCAUGAAGGUGGUGCAGCACGCGCUUUUCGAACACGCCCUGAAGCAGCUGCAAAUCCCGAACGCGGGGAAAGUGGUUCCCCUGGAGCUGUCGCGGGCUCUGGACGGGACGAACUCGCUGAUGUACGCAAACCGUGUGGAGCCCAGUGUCCUGGGGGGCGAAAAAUUGGCGGACUUGAUUCUGGACACCAUCAAAGAAAACUUGCAAACGCCGGAAAACGCCGGAAACGUGCAAUCUCCUCAGCUUCCUACUUACAACAAGGACGAGCCUGAGGCUGAGCGUGAACAAGAAGAUGUCUUGUUGCCGGAGCAGGGCGGCCCACAACCCCCUCAGCUCCUCGAGGAGCCUGAGUUUCCGGUUGAGAUGAUUCAUGACGACGACGAGGCUGAGCCUGACGCCGAAACGGCGCACCCUUCUGACGAAGUAGAGCAUUCUACUUCAUCCCACGACCACACGGCCAGCAACAACAGUAUGGCGCUCUCAACUGUUACAUUCUCAACUGUUACAUGAUUUGUCAUGCAAAAUGGCCUUGACUAUCAACGCCAUCGAGCUGCCUCGCAUGACAAAUUCCCAGACGGCCAAACAGGCUGAGAAUCUGUGCCAAAUCUGUCACGCAAGACGCGCAAGGUCCUUCCUUUCACUUUUACCAUUCUUGCAUCACAAAUUCAUGUAACAGUUGAGAAUGUAACAGUUGAGAACGCCAUAAACAGCCAAGACGGGGACGAUGGACGGCCGCCGGGUGGUCGUGCGAACGCGUCUGGGGCGGGUAGCGACGUAUGCUGUGCAAAAGUAUCGUACUCGUACUAAUUGCAGACAUGCAUGACAAAUCGCCUUCCUUGGCUACAACAGCAUUACAAAUUUUAUCUGUCAUGUUAAGGAAGUCUGUAAUGCAAUUUAUACUAGUACGAUGCUUUUGCAUUUCAUACGACGCGGGGGAUGACGAUAAGCCAAAACUACCUGGCGCCGGAAACAGCGACAAUGGCGGGACAAGCGCAAAAGGCGAGGGCAGGCGCUAGGCUCGCGACCGAUGGGCGGUGAAGAUGAGUUGUUGCCUCUGCCUGUUGUUUCCGCAGAGAUUUCAUUUCUCAAUUUGAUUGGCUUUCAGAGCCCCCAAAAAUUCUACUGUGGUCUACAUUAAAUACCACCCUGCAUUUCACUUUCAUUGUGCCGUUUUUUUUCGAACCGAGUACGUAUAGCAAGUAAUCCUAAAUGGAGCUAUAUUUUUAAAUGACAUUGUUCACAUGAAAAACAAGCGCUGCAUUCGUCUUUUUGUAUUUUUAUUUGAGUUCACAAUUUUACCGUUUCCAGAUGAAGAGAAAUUGCGCAUGAUAAACAUCAAGUUUUUUCGUAGUUCGUCUUCCAUGUAAAACAUCCAUUGCACGGUUUUGGCAUCAAUUUUUUUUUAUUUGAUCUAAGUAUAGCAUAACCAAGCAGUUUGAGGCUUUUCCGUUUUUAUUGUUUUUCUUCCAUCAUGAUCAUUUUAUUUACGAAAAAGAUAAAGCAACCAAGAGUUUUUCACGUAUAAGUACAAUCACCUGACAGCAACUAGAUAACCCCAAGAACCCUACUUUUUUUAUAUUUUUCGCGCUUCCAUCACCACCAACACGAAGGCGUAUCAGUACGACAACGCUCCGACCCUUCGUUCUUUCAAACCGGGAACAAGAACUCCGAAGAAUAAAGCGUAUGUGGAUGUGCCCCCCUCCUUCCUGAACAUCAAUAUGUAGUACCUAAAAAAAAAAUUCGGAUCGACGUCCCCAGCAGGUCGCCGUGAAGAAAGAGUGCAUGAUGACCCCGUAAGCCAUAACCUAACCCCAAUUAUCGUCCCGAAUACAAGAACUAAGUGUAAGUGAGUGCCCCCUUAUUUUUGCUUAUUUCAGCAUAUUUGUAUUUGAUUAUUGUUUCCCCGAUAAGUGGCCAUCAAGAUCAAAGUUCGUAGCCCGUUCUGGUGGUGGCCAAUUUCAUUUUCACGAAGAAGCGAAGGAUCCUGGUGACGCAAUCCCGUCACGAUGAGGUGGAGACUGUUUUACUGUACAAGAGCCUGGACUAAGAAAAGUUCUGCUCCCCCCCCAGAACCUGAACCCAACUACAUCACACAGGUUGAAAA